CGGAGAGUAGUCCUCCCUCGGACAGGUCAAUUUGGGUGGGAGUGGGGCGGCGAUCAUCACCAGUUGGCGGCUGAGGGAGAGGGAGAGGAGCUUCACACAGCCUGUCUGCACGUACACCGAGGCUGUUCGGGCAGGCCAGUCCGUUUGUCUGCAGUGGUGUUUGUGCAUCUUCUUUUUUGACGUUUGAGUUAAGAGUUUUGUGCCUUCCUCUUUCUUCUCGUCCUGGUAGCAGCUAGAAGGUCCCCUCCAGCACCGCACUACUGCAUCAGAGCAUCGGACUACCGGCAAUGUCGUCUAUUCUUAUCACCAGAUCUACUCCGCUGUUGCGAUUAUCCAGCAGAUACGCAGCCAGGCGUCUUCCUUCGCUGGCCCAGCAGUCGUUCAGACACUAUGCUUCAAAGUUCCCAGAGCACACGGUGAUCGACAUGCCUGCGCUCUCGCCAACCAUGACGGAGGGCAACUUGGUGAAGUGGUACAAGAAGGUCGGAGACAAGUUGGCUCCUGGCGAGGCGAUUGCCGAGGUGGAGACCGAUAAGGCGGCAAUGGACUUUGAGUUCCAGGACGACGGGUACCUGGCGAAGAUCUUGGUGCCGGACGGAACCAACGAGAUCCCUGUGAACAAGCCGAUCGCGGUGUACGUGGAAGACGAGGCGGACGUGGCUGCCUUCGAGUCCUUCACGGCUGCAGACGCCGGAGACUCCACCACUGCUGCUCCUGCCGCUGCUCCUGCUGCAGAGUCCAAGUCUGAGCCGGCUCCUGCUGCCGCAGAAAAGAGCGAGGCGUCCAAGCCAGCCAAGACGGGCACGUCUGGGUCGGCCGCUUCUGCGCAAACGGACCGGAUCAUCGCCUCGCCAUUGGCAAAGAAGAUUGCCCUCGACAAGGGCAUUUCCCUCAAGGGUGUCAAGGGAACCGGUCCGCACGGCAGAAUUACCGCCAAGGACGUCGAGAGCAUCAAGGCUGCUCCUGUAGCUGCCUCUGUCGGCACCGCCUCCGCCUCUGCGGCCGGCGCUGCUGCAGGCUCCCCAGCAGCAUCAUACACAGAUAUCCCAUUGACAAACAUGAGAAAGGUCAUCUCCAAGAGAUUGACUGCAUCGAAGCAGGGUGCUCCAGACUACAUUGUUUCCUCCUCGAUCUCGGUCUCGAAGUUGUUGAAACUCAGAAAGUCUUUGAACGCCUCCGCUGACGGCAGGUACAAGUUGACCAUCAACGACUUGCUCGUCAAGGCCAUCGCCAAGGCUGCCUUGAGGGUCCCAGAAUCUAACUCGUCUUACUUGGAAGAUAAGGACGUUAUCAGACAGUACAGCACCGUCGAUCUCUCCAUUGCCGUGUCCACGCCAACAGGCUUGAUCACUCCAAUUGUCAAAAACGCAGACACCAAGGGCCUCAAGUCCAUUUCCACCGAGAUCAAGGAGUUGGGCAAGAAGGCCAAGGAUAAUAAGCUUAAGCCAGAGGAGUUCCAGGGCGGUACCAUCACCAUCUCUAACCUGGGCAUGAACCACGCCGUCUCGAUGUUCACCUCCAUCCUCAACCCUCCUCAGGCCGUCAUCUUGGCUGUCGGUACUGUCGAAAAGAAGGCUGUGCCAGACAAGGCCAACCAAUUCGGUUUUGUGUUUGACGACGUGAUGACCAUCACCGGUACCUUUGACCACCGUGUCAUCGACGGUGCCAAGGGUGGUGACUUCAUGAGAGAGUUGAAGACCAUUGUCGAAAACCCAUUGGAGAUGUUGCUAUGACGAAGGGUGUCUUCCCCACAAUGAUUAUGUAAUAUACGUAUACAUUUACGGCUAUUUAUCUAUGUAAACUGUGUACCUGCGUCCGUGCACGUAUGCACGCAUGUAUGUGUACCGGUCAAUACAAGAGCUCAAAAGUUUCAACAGCCACUGGCUGGUCAUG